AUGAAUUCUUGUAGUGAGCAAGCUCACUCACUAUACACUAGUUUUCGUCGUCUUCUUAGAAGAAGUGGUUCGAAUGAAGAACCGAAAAUCGUUUAUGGAUCAACAACAAAUCUUGUUGAUGAAAACGCUUCUUCUUCACGAACUUCAUCAGCUAACUACACCGAAUUGAUGGGUGGUUCAGUUCCUUGUCCGAGUUGUAAGGGAUCCGGAAGAAUUCCAAAAGAAAUGGAGGAAAUGUUGGUUGCACUUAUUCCCGUGAACGAUGAUCGACUGAAACCGAAGCGAACAUGGGUGUAUGUAUUGUGUGGUAUUUUGAUAUGUGUGUUAUUGGCUGGAGGAGUGAUAUUUUUGAUGGUACCUCGAGCAGUUGAUUUAAGUAGCAUUCGACCGCCAGUUGAGAUUAUCAAUGUUUUCGAUCAUGAUCCUGAUCAUAUUAGUUUUUAUUUUUUGAAUGCGAUAAAUAUAUCGAAUGCAAAUUAUUAUUCGGUUCGAGUAGUGAAUUCAUCAGCAACAAUAAUUUCAAAAUUUCAACCGUGGUCAAGUGAUGUGGUUGGUCAUGGUUAUAAUGCGACUACCACUAUAGUUACACCACGCUCUCGCAAUAAACAUUUAAUACUGUUCAAUAAUACGGUCACGUUGAAGGGUGGUGUUGCUGAAUAUUGUCAAGCGCCGUUCUCACGUCUUACUUCAUUGUAUGUGAAUAUGCAGUUUGAUAUAUCAGUCACAUUGGAAUAUUUGAAUCAUCGAGAGCAAGCAACUAUUUCGACUGUGCAACAAGUUUGUUGUGUACCAUCUGGUAAUUGCACAUCCACUUAA